UUCUUCAACUUUCCAAUCUGACCUAGGUUCUUCUAUUAUGGACUCUCAUAAGCACCUCCUGCUUGAGCAAGUGUCUGUAUUUAUGCUGAAAGUCCAGGUGAAUGACAUCAUCAGUCGCCAGUACCUGAGUCAAGCAGUUGUAGAAGUGUUUGUAAACUACACGAAGACAAAUUCCACAGUAACUAAAAACAAUGGAGCAGUGUUGAUAAGAGUACCCUAUAAAUUGGGACUCAGCUUAACGAUUAUUGCUUACAAAGAUGGCUAUGUGUUGACACCUCUGCCUUGGAAAACUGGAAAAAUGCCAAUAUAUUCAUCAGUUACACUUUCACUGUUUCCGCAAAGCCAAGCAAAUAUAUGGCUAUUUGAAGACACUGUUUUAAUUACUGGAAAAUUAGCUGAUGCCAAAUCUCAACCAAGUGUUCAGUUUUCAAAAGCCUUAAUUAAACUACCUGACAACCAUCACAUUAGCAAUGUUACAGGCUAUCUUACAGUUCUACAGCAGUUUUUGAAAGUGGACAAUUUUCUGUAUACGUCUGGAAUUACUCUUAAUAAAUCAGGUUUUGAAAGCAUUGAAUUGACUCCUCUUGCUGCAAUAUGUGUGAAAAUAUAUUCUGGCGGAAAAGAAUUAAAGGUGGAUGGCUCUAUUCAAGUUUCUCUCCCCCUUCUCCAUACAAAUGAUGUAAGUGCAGGGGAUCACAUACCUGCCUGGACAUUUGAUAUGAACACAGGUACUUGGAUAAAUCAUGGCCAGGGGCUGGUCAAGGAAUAUAAUAAACACUUAAUUUGGACAUAUGAGGCACCACAUUUGGGCUACUGGAUAGCAGCUUCACUUCCAGGAACUAGAGGGUCAGGUAUAAAUGGAGACUCAAAGGACAUAACUGCCUACCACACUGUGUUUCUCACGGCCAUAUUAGGAGGAACGAUAGUCAUCGUCAUUGGAUUUUUUGCUGUACUUCUUUGUUAUUGCAGGGAUAAGUGUGGUACUCCACAGAAAAGAGAGAGAAAUAUCACUAGACUUGAGGUCCUCAAGAGAGAUCAGACCACUUCAACAACGCACAUAAAUCAUAUCAGUUCAGUCAAAGUCGCAUUAAAAGCUGAGGACAAGUCUCAGUUAUUCAAUGCCACAAACUCUUCAUACAGCCCUCAAAAAAAGGAACCAUCAAAGGCAGACGCAGAAGCAAGAGUGUCCAUGGUAAAAACUCGGGACAGUUUUAAAAUCUACAAUGAAGAGGUUUCAUUUCUGUCAGCCAGUCAAAAUAAUUACUCAAGGCACCCAACACAGUCUUUGGAGUCCGGUGUAGGGUCCAAACAACCUAAGCAUAUUAGCAACAAUCUGUCUUCCUCUCUAUGUGAUGCUCAAGAGGAAAAGAGGUAUCUCACAGGUAAUGAAGAGGUUUAUGGGCGUUCCCACAUUCCUGAACAGCUUAUGCAUAUCUAUAGCCAACCCAUUGCCAUUCUUCAAACAUCUGACCUUUUCUCCACUCCAGAGCAGUUACAUACUGCUAAGUCAGCUACUUUGCCAAGAAAGGGACAGUUAGUCUAUGGCCAAUUGAUGGAACCAGUAAAUAGAGAGAACUUUACACAGACAUUGCCCAAAAUGCCAAUGCAUUCUCACACACAGCCCCCAGAUGCCGGGGAAGAGAAUAUCCCACUGGAAGGUCAACAGAGCUUGCCAUCCCAAACUUCAGAUUGGAGCCGGUAUUCAAACAGCUUACUAGAAUCUGUUUCUGUUCCUGGAACGCUCAAUGAAGCUGUUGUAAUGACUCCCUUUUCAUCAGAGCUUCAAGGAAUUUCUGAACAGACCCUCCUGGAGCUGUCCAAGGGAAAGCCCUCCCCUCAUCCCAGAGCCUGGUUUGUGUCUCUUGAUGGAAAGCCAGUCGCACAAGUCAGGCAUUCGUUUAUAGACCUGAAAAAAGGCAAGAGAACCCAGAGCAAUGACACUAGUCUGGACUCUGGGGUGGACAUGAAUGAGCAUCACUCAAGCAGAAAACUCGAGAGGGAGAAAACUUUCAUCAAAAGCAUGCAUCAGCCUAAGAUUCUUUACUUAGAAGAUUUAGACCUGAGCAGUAGUGAGAGUGGAACCACUGUUUGCUCCCCCGAGGACCCAGCUUUAAGGCACAUUCUAGAUGGAGGGAGUGGAGCUAUCCUGGAGCACCCUGGGGAAGAGUCCCCAGGAAGAAAAAGCACUGGUGAAGAUUUUGAAGCCAAUACAUCCCCCACUAAAAAAAGAGGCAGACCACCACUAGCCAAAAGAGAUAGCAAAACUAAUAUCUGGAAGAAACGAGAGGAACGUCCACUGAUCCCCAUAAAUUAACACUACGGAUGGUUGUGUCUCUGCUGUCUCGUGCUGUUGAUUAUUGCUUCUUGUUGUAAAUUGCAGUAUGAACUUCCUAGGAAGGUGAGACGGAGCUAUCUCAUGGUCCCUGGACGUGUCUUAAGCAGAGUAAAUAGUAAAAUGGUAAUUCAGUAGUGAGAGAAAAAGAGCCUAAGGAAUGCUUUUUCUGACCCAUUCUUUUCAUUUAUUUUUGGAUGAUAAAUUUGAAGUAUCCAAGAGUUCAAAAUAUAAAAUAGCUUCAAGACUUCAGUUAUCUGAAAAUGUUGCUUAAUCAGCCAAUUUGGCCCCGACUCUCUUAAGAAUAACAUUGUGAAACGUGUACUCUUAAAGUUGCUUCCAAAAAUGUUGCCUCUGCUUCAAUGGCUACCCCUGUGAAAUAUUUAGAAAUGAAACUAUUCUUCAGGCAUCAUAUUCUUGUGACAUGUUACUAUUAUGUUCUCUGAUGCCUAUACUUGAAAAUAACUUGAUAAAUGUUCUGGGUUGAUGUAAUUCUAGAGUUUAAAGGCCAACCAACAUUUUCUUUUUUGUGUGAUAAACAGCAUGUGUAUAGUAUCAACCCCUAGGUAAAUGCCAUAUUUAUGUAAGAUGAGCAAGAAGCUACUUGGUUGUUAGAGAUGGAAACUCCAGCAAUGUGGUACUUUUUGAAUACAACUUUACAGAAUAAAUGGUAAGGUGUUAAUUUGUUAUUUAGAAAUCUGAGAAAUGAAUACUGAUAUUGAAAUUUAAUUUUGAAUUUUUUUUUAUUUUAUUUUAUUGGGGAACAGCCAUGGUCAUUGGUUACACAUUGCUUUCAUGCUACAAUGGCAUAGUUGACUCUUAAGGAGAGCGCAGCUCAUGAUCGCCCAUGCGGGGAUCAAACCGGCAACCUUGGUGUUAUCAGUACCGUGCUCUAACCAUCUGAGCUAACCGGUCACCCCUAUUUUGAAUCCCCCCCCCCUUAAAAGUAAAGUGAGUUUAUCUGUCAAGGAAAACUUGUAACCAAUCUGAAAAAAGUAAAUAUCUUUAAGACUCAGUGAUACAUAUUAGCUAAAAUCAAUUUUUUAGAUAUUUCUUCUAUUAAAAAAAUUCUCACAUUUAAAUGCUAUUAAAUUUGAUUCUUUAAAAAAAUCAAUGAAUUGAAAGUUUCUUGUGAACACUAAAAAGUUAACAAAAUAUGAGGAGCUAAAGGGAAUAAACAUUUCAAUUUUUUCUGAAAUGUCGAUGAGCUGAAAAAGAAAUGUCAUUUCCCUGAGACUCAAAACUACCUUCAGGACAUUAAGUAUAUCUAUAGAUUUUUUUUUUCUGUUCACAUUCAUAAAAUAUGCUUGAGAAAAACAGUUUCAAUUUCAUGGGAAAAGUAAAUGUUUUUUUCUUAAAUCACUUAGUAGCCUUUGUAACAUUUCCCCCUAGUUUUGCAAGUAAUAUAGUCAUAUCCUUUUCAUCAUAGUAAAGAAUUCAGUGUGAACACAUUCAACAGCUGUUUUUAAUUACGUGUCUUCAACUCUGAAUUAUCAGUCAUUCAUAAGUCCUAAAAAUAAAGCUCUUUGUUAAUUAUAAUCAACACAUCCCAAUUUUCUUUAAAUUUCCAUGAAGGCAAAUGUCCGAAGCAGCUUCCCCUGACCCAUGGUGGGGAAAAAUGAAAUUAAAUUGCUCAUCCCUUAUAAUCAAUAUGAGAGCAUAUAAACAAGUUGAAAGAACCAAAAUUAGCCACAUUAGCUUUAGUCAAAUUAUAGAUGGAUGUACAAUGAAAGACAACAGCUUUUUUUUGCCAAGAUAGUAGACUUCAGCCAAUUUUUUUCCUAUAACCACUUCUGAAGCAUCUAACCUGUCAGAUAACACUGCUCCUUUUCUCUGUGAACCCAAAGAACUUAAAGACCAAGGCAAAAGUUUGCUAUAUUUUACCCCAAUCCAUAGAAGGGAUAAAUGUUUUGGGUAAUAGAUAGGUUUACUUUUUUGCAGGGGGAGGGUAGUGAUAAGACCCAAAAUUAAAGGAGGCUUCUUAUUGGUCUUAUACAGAAAGAUGCAUAAAAAGCGGCCUAAAUGAAAAUGACUUGGAAAAGGUUAAGGAGUUAGUGCUCUGCUGAAGUGCCUUUGAUAUAGACUUGCUUUAUUAGAAGGAUAUGAUAACAUCUUUCUUAAAUGUGCAUUUUCUUUCUGUUACCCAAAUUAAGCAGAUGUGCGGUUUUUAUUAAUUAAAUAAAACAUAGACCUAGUGUUUCACGUUGGAACAAUGAAGUGUGCAUGCAAGUAAUAUUUAUCUUUCUUUUUGGAACCCUGUUUAUACUGAUACCUUGUUUAUGUUGGAAUGAAGUUAGAAACUAUAUAGAAAAUGUUGUACUUCAAUAUUUUAAGUGUAUAUUCCUCCCACCUUUAAGUAGAAGUGUUUCAUCUCUCAGCUUAGUAAUGGAAUCCGUGGUUGAUGUAAGGGUAUGCCGCUUACUCAUUCUUGUGUAAAGAAAAUGAGAGGAUGUAACCCCAAGGGCUUUUCUAGAAAUACAUUUUUGGGUUUCAGAAUAAAACUUUAUUUUUUUAUACACUGCACAUUCUGUUCUCAAUUGGGAAGUAUAGGCAAUUUAUCUUUUCUAAUGAUUAAAAAUGUGUAACUUCUCAUUUGUGAGUAGUCACAAAUUUUCUGUUAAAAAGCUGAAGCCAUCUACUUUUUCUUAACCCAAGUGAUAAUCUACAAUAUUCACAGCUUUCUUAAAUUUUUAAAUGGAAAAACCAACCCAGUUUUUUGCAAAUGUAAACCUAGAGAAUUUUGGUCACAAAUUGUUAACAUUUGUGGAUCCUUUGUAUAUACUUUGGAUAUAUCUUAAAAGCAAAAUUAUCCCUCAAUUAACUGAUGGAUUCGUUUACUAAAGCACAGCUAUAUGUAUUUUUGAAUACAUAUUAAGAUCUUGAGACUUUAUAAAAUCCAUUUUUAUGACAUUUAUGCAGUUGUAUAGGGAUUCCACCCUUUUAUAAUACACAGUAUACCACAAAGAUCACAAAUGUUGAAGAAUAAAAGCACUUCUUUGCUUUGGCAAUCAUUUUCAGAUCACUUCUUCUGUGUUUGAGUCCUCUGGUAUCGAUGCAUAUUAUAGAGUUUUAGGGAUGUGUGGGUCAAAUAAUGUCCCUUAAAACUUCCCCGAAAGGUGAAGCUCAAAGUUACAUAUUCAUUUAUAGGCACUGAGUUACUCAUUCCCCUGUGUACUAUCUUUGUAAAGAAUUUAACCACGUUAAUCUCCUCCUCAGGCCUAGAGUUGACAUUUUGCCCUCUUGUUUCCAAGUGUUUCUAUCUUUUAUAUUCUUUCAUCAGAGGAAUCUCACAUUUCACUGUAUAUUUAUUGUCAUUACUACUGUAUUUACUGCUGAAAACUGUAACAAGCUGAAGAUUUGUAAAAUGUUAAACAUAGUUCAUUAAAGAUAAUAAAAUAAAUCAAAAUGUACUUGA